CUUAUAAGUUAUAACAUCUCUUAGGCUCUCUCUCCCGUAGAGGAAAUCUCUCAAUCUCUCUCUCAUAAGAGAAUUUCCAUUCAAAGUUUGAGCAGUCGUUGUUGUUGCGAGUGAUGGGUGUGAGGUCUCCCUACUCUCAAACUUACCACAUUACCAUAAUUCUCAUCACAAGCUUCUUUCGUCACAAGCCAUAGAUCAAAAUUCAACACACCGCCCUUGCUUAUUCUCCCAAUAAAUUAACAUGACCCCUUAGCUCAUCUUAAAUUCAUAUUCAGUAAUCUAUGGACGGUAGGAAACUGUAUGGUGGCGGUUCAAACAUGGCCGUUUUACUUCGUAAGGAAACACUUCCCUCUCCUUCAGAGCUUCUUGAAUCUUUCUGGAUUCCCGAUUCUUCCACUACUUUCCAUGGUUCUAAAUCCGUCGUAAACUUUGAAGGUGUUGGUGGAGACGACACAAAAGAUAGGCCAUUCUUCCAAACACUCCAUGAGGAAGAAAAUGGCGAUGAGGAUUUUGAGGGGUGCUUUCAUCGACCCGAGAAGAAAAGGCGGCUCACAGCCGGUCAAGUUCAGUUUCUUGAGAGGAAUUUUGAGGUGGAGAAUAAGCUUGAACCAGAGAGGAAGAACCAGCUUGCAAAGGAGCUUGGGCUGCAGCCACGGCAGGUUGCAAUAUGGUUUCAAAACAGACGAGCCCGGUUCAAGACCAAACAGCUGGAGAAGGACUAUGAUUCUUUGAAAGCUAGCUAUGAUAGCCUCAAGGCUGACUAUGAUUGCAUCCUGAAAGAGAAGGAAAAACUUAAAACUGAGCUCCUUUUGCUGACGGACAAAGCGCUGAUCGGGGAGAAAGAAGGGGAGAAAACAAAAGCAUUGGAGAACAUCAGUCCAUCACAUGCAGAAUCUCAGAAAGCAAUUCCCAAUAGAGUUUCUGAACAUGUACCACCCAAUGCACCAAUCCUCUUCUGUAAACAGGAAGAUGCAAGUUCAGCCAAAAGUGAUGUUUUUGAUUCGGACAGCCCACUCUACACUGAUGGGAAUCAUUCUUCGCUGUUGGAGCCAGCAGAUUCCUCUCAGAUCUUUGAGCCAGAUCAGUCGGAGUUCUCUCAAGACGAAGAAGAUAACCUAAGCAAGAGCCUCAUCCCUCCACUAUGCUUCCCAAAGCUCGAAGACUGCUCUUACCCUGACCCACCUGCAAAUGCUUGUAAUCUUGGAUUGCCGGCUGAAGAGCAGCCCUUUUGGUUCUGGUCUUACUGAAUGAUCAUUUUAGCACAUAGGCUCCCAUUUUGCCAUGCAGUUUUCGGCUACUUCUUAAAGCGUCUUGCUGUAAUUAUGGUUAAUAAGCAAUAAGUCCAAAUGGUCUCUCUCUUAACCA